AUGGCUGUUAUUUGUAUGAAAGCUGUGUUUGCAGUGUGCUGGAAUGUGUUUGUGGGAAGAGGCAGCAAUGCCAUGGGACUGGCUGAGGCAGAGUCUCAGUGUUGCCCUGCACAGGCUGAGGCAACAUCUGAAGAUUUUCAUUACAUCCAAAGACUUGAGGGUGAAUCGGUGGACAUAGAUUGUGUUGCACAAGCAAGUAAACCCCGCCCAGCGCUUCUGCACCUGAGACGAAGGUUUGCUCCUUCAGAAAGCGUGUUGAACGUCUCUGAAGAUAACGUCAUGAGAGCAGAUCCAGAGAUUGAGGGACGAAUCAGUAUCUCCGGACAGCUGAAGUUACGCACAGUUACUCUGACUCUUUCUCAUUUAAGAGCCACAGACUCGGGGCUUUAUGUCUGCGAUUUCUCAGGAAAUCCAUCAGAUCCGCUCCCGGCGAGCACAGCCCUCUUUCUGCUUGUAAAAGCGCCAGGUGAGUUGUGCUCCUGUAGAAGGUAUUCUCUGCUCAUCUAUACCAUCACAGUAGGAGUGAAUCUGCUCCUACUCUCGGCCAUCGCUCUCUUUGUGACACAUUAUAAAAAGCCACAUGCUCAGCCAGAGCGUCAAACCACAGUUCCAAUUUAUGAAGACAUGUCAAGUGUGAAAGGAAAAGGAAGCAGUCCUCGGAUCUGUCCACCAGACCCCGAAACAUCUGCUCCAGGGUGGAAGACUAUGCUGGAGAACCUCUAUGGAUCCCCCAAUCGGACAAAUGUGGAACAGCAUCAGGAAAAAGAAUCGUCAUAAAAUUCAGCUUAGUUGUGAAUUAAGCUAUGCAGUGUAUUCAUUUCCAGGGUCAUGCUAAAGUUUAUAAGGAAUAGUGCCAUUUGAUGUUUUGGUAUUAUAGAGACUCCUGAGACCCUCACAGAAACCUCUCCUGCCUCGUUCUUUUCAGAAACCGAGAAACAAAAUAAUUGCAACACCGUAAAUGAUGAAAGCAGAAUUAACAUACAGUUUCAUGUUAAAAUAUUAACAUAGUUACAUGUUAUAAUUUUAUAUGCUGAGCCUGGUAAUCUCCAGUCUCAUCCUGCACCGUUAGCUGAACAGUAGAUUAACAUUGGUGGACUUGAACUUGGACUGCGUAUUUGAAACAACAUAGCUACCUUCUGAUGUUCAUUCAUGUUUAUUCCAUGCUAUAAAUAGUAGUAAAAUAUUAAGAGAUAAUCGGUUCAGGUGCCGUUUGAACUGAGGCGCUACAGUGAUC